ACAGCAUGAUGUGAUUGUAUCGGCUACCAGAGGAAAGAACCUUUAGCUGGAAGGAUCGGUAGCCUGCAGAGCACUGAGAAUGUGAAAUGUGGCAUCAAGAGCAUGUCAUUGAUAGUCUUGUUCAACGAAAAUGAGGAUUCUACCGAAACUUGAUGGAUAAAGGUAUUUUCAGUUCUUCAGAAUGUAUUUGAACCUUUCUAAAUCGGUAACAAGGUGACUUCGCAUUACAAAUAUGAUUCGGAGCUUCAGAAUGACAGAACCACAAAGGCCUUGAAGAGAUGUUUACACCAUUUGAAAUCAACACGCAUAACGCUCAUUUCAAGGAAUCAUAUCAUAGACAUCGUCUUGGCACGGUAGAAAAACCAUCAAAUACUGGGCGUGGAGGAAGAUUCAGUCGGACAGGCGGCAGAUGACAACGAAAAAAACAAAGUAAAUAUACCUAUUAUUGUAACCAGAAAUAAUGAAUUCAACACUCAUCACGGAGCCUUCACCAUCUCCUGGUGUUGCAACAGUCCACAUCGGAACAGCAUCUACCGGCGCGGGUGCAGGCGCUACCACUGCUCUUCGGAAUGAUUUGGGUUCCAACAUCCAUGUCUUGAAAACACUCAACCUCCGAUUUCGCAGUUUCCUCGCUAAGGUUCGUGACUUAGAACGUCGAAAUGCGUUUUUAGAAAAUCAGCUACAACAAGCACUAGAGCAAUCCCGUUUCCGAGCCUACUUCUCCCGUGAAAAAGCUACCCAAACCUACCAUCUGGAUCCAGCUUGUUCAGGUGCCCAGCACCCGCAACGGAUACCUGGGACUAUUUGGAACUUUUCUCAUAGGAUGGGCUAUGGGGAACGAUACCAGACUCUCCAAAACCCUGGGCUUUCGUGGAUGCAACCGAACUGCGUGGGUGUUCAAAUUGAUACCAUCACCCCAGAACUUCGAGCAUUGUACAAUGUUUUAGCCAAAGUGAAGCGAGACAGAAACGAAUACAGACAAAAAUGGGAGGAGGAGUUGUCCAGGCGCCAGCAGAUGGAGGCUAUGGUGGAGACCCUUCAAGAGAACGCCCAGGAGUCUGAGGUGGUCCAAGAGGAGCUCACAGAGAAGGUGGAGAGGCUCAACACAGAGCUGGGGGUCUUCAAGAGCCUCAUGACCGAUCAAAGGUCAGACUUGGAUACUGCCAUCCAGGAGAAGGCUAUGACGGUGGACAUGGACAUCUGCAGACGCAUCGACAUCACAGCUAAGAUGUGCGAUGUUGCCCAGCAACGCAACUCGGAGGACAUGAGCAAGAUGUUCCACGCUAGUCCCUCCAGAGCCCCGGAGAAUAAGGGUGCCAUGGCCUGCAGGAGGAAGGAGCGUAAGCCAGCGUGUGAGGAGAAGAGCUCUGACAUGGAGCCUGGGCCUGGUGGGGAGGAGGAAGAGCAGGAGGAGGAGCAGGCUGGAGAGCUGGCAGCAACUCUCAACAUCACAGACGAGAUGAAGCGCAUGCUCAACCAGUUGCGAGAGACAUUUGACUUUGAGGAUGACUGCGACAGCCUGGCAUGGGAGAACGAGGACACGCUGCUCCUGUGGGAGGACUUCACCAACUACAACCUCCCCUCUGCGUCCGCCUCGGCUGCUGAGGGGCAGGGGGAGGGCGCAGAGCAGGAUAUCAGUGUGGGAAGUCUCAUCGACAAGACCGAGUGUCUAAUCCAGAACAGAGAAAAGGAGUACCAGGAGACCAUGGGGAAGAUUGAGCUGGAGCUGGCUACAGCCAAGGACGACAUGAGCAGACACCUGCAUGAGUACAUGGAGAUGUGCAGCAUGAAGCGAGGGCUGGACGUGCAGAUGGAGACCUGCAGGAGACUCAUUAAGGGCUCCGGGGCCACCGGCAGGAACUCCCCGUCGUUCAGCUCGGUGUCGAGCAGUGACUCAGGGAACAGCGACGAGAUCCAGGAGGAGAUGGAGAAGGACGCGGAGGCUGAAGGCGGGGUCAGCUGAUGAUGGACAGGACUCCCACCCAGCACCCAGGGGAGAGAACAGAGACACAGCCGCCCUCCUUGACACCCAGCUCCCCCCCCCCCCCCCCCCCCCCCCCCUGACGUUUCUCUGUGGAGGAUUCCUAUUGGUGCUGCUUCAUUUAAACCCUGCUCACACCAUGGUGCCCAUCUGAACUGGGGUGAGCUGGCCCCUCCCAUUAUAGCACGGUUUGGUCGGUUCAGCUCAGCUCAGAUCUGUUGAGUGACAGGGGUCUAAGUGUGUUCAUAAUUGGGAAAAGGUGUUCUUCCUAAGAAGGUAACUAGAGACAACAAUCUAUAUAUUCCAGCUCAUCUGUGUCUUCGAACACACACUCAAUACAAAAUACAGUAUUUGGUCAAAAAGAAUAUUUAUUUACACAGAGACAUGAAAACGGACACAUUGAGUCAUCAGUGCUCUAUCAAACGAUUUAAUGGUCCAUCAUCUCCGAUUCAAUGUUGCCAUAAAGAUUUAAUAUACUGUCUCUAAACUCAAAACUGGAAAGCAGUGAUUACACGCUGAUAUUAAUUCCCUUGCCUUAGAUCACACUUAGAGUAGGACUGAGGCUCUGGUGCAGGUCUGUAUACAGUAACAAGUCUCCAUUCUGAGUCCCCAGUCUCAAGUGCUGAAUUCUAGCUUGAGAAUGAGGACUCGGCCUGAAUCUCUUGUUGGCAUGCAUAAUGUACACAAACAUUCAAGUGUUGUGCUGGCAUCACCCCUUCCCCCUCCCCAGCAACGCAACCACUACAGCAAUGAGAACACUGUUUAUGUAUGUACUAUGCAAUAAGUAGAAGCCUUAUUUUUGGACUGACAUCAAUAGUUUGACCAAGUUUUGUUUUUGUGUGGGCCAGUUUACUGUCUCAGACAUCUGUAGCAUUGAGUAUUCUGCAUUCACAUCAUAACUGUUUAUCUAGAUUCAAAAGAAAACAAUACAAAGAAAUAAACCCCCGGUUUUGAACAGUUAUUGUAUACCCAUGUGCCUAUUGAUAUGCUGAACUCAGAAAUGAUCUGGAUUGCCUUAUUUUAUUCUUUUUGAUGUACUGAACCAUGUUAUUGUACCUGUUAUAAUUUAUUUUAACAGUUUUAUUUGCACCAAAAAAUGAAAAAGCAAUCAACUGAUAUGACCUUUAUCACGACAUGUUUUCCUUGAUUAAUUGAGAAAUUGCUUUUAUUUUGUCAACUUCUAUGUAUUUCUUUGAAUGGAUGUUUGUUUCAAAGGAAACAGCCAUGUGUCAGAGAUAUCUGCUUGCAAACUGAACAUUCCCAGGGUGACUAAACAAUGUAUUUACAUGGGAUUUAAUAAAAAUGGCAGCAUUUUAUUGUCA